AAUAGUCCACUCCGGUCACUUCCAACAUGUACUCCAGCUGUUUAUAUAUGUAUGUUCAUCUUUAGCAGGUUCGUUUGCCUUAGGAGAUACCAGAAGCAGUAGGAAUGCCGGAGUGGAGAGAUAUCGACGAUCUGCCGAAGAACGCCGCCAACCAUACGGCGUUGACACCGCUGUGGUUCUUAGAAAGGGCAGCAACGGUUCAUCCCACCAGAAAGUCGCUGGUCCAUGGAUCUUUGACUUACACGUGGCGGCAAACUUACCAGCGCUGCCGCCGAUUGGCCUCCGCUCUCUCCAAACGCUCCAUCGGACCCGGCAGCACGGUAGCAACAAUUGCACCAAAUGUCCCUGUUAUAUAUGAAGCUCAUUUUGGAAUUCCAAUGUCUGGUGCUGUAGUAAACACUGUCAAUAUCCGCCUAAAUGCUCCAACCAUUGCUUUCCUUCUUGUUCAUUCAUCAUCUGCAAUUGUCAUUGUGGACCAAGAGUUUUUCACUUUGGCGGAGGAAGCUCUGAAAAUCAUUGAGGAGAAGAGCAAAGGAAAAUUUAAGCCUCCUCUUUUGAUUGUUGUAGCUGAUGAAAGCUGUGAUCCUAGAUCAUUGAGAUAUGCUUUGAGUAAAGGAGCCAUUGAGUAUGAGAAGUUCUUAGAAAGUGGUGAUCCUGAGUUUGCUUGGGAGCCACCAGAGGAUGAGUGGCAAAGUAUUGCCUUGGGUUAUACUUCUGGCACAACAGCUAGCCCUAAGGGGGUGGUAUUGAGUCACCGUGGAGCAUAUGUCAUGUCUUUAAGUGGUGCUCUUAUAUGGGGAAUGAAUGAAGGAGCUGUUUACUUGUGGACUCUACCCAUGUUCCAUUGCAAUGGGUGGUGUUACACCUGGACUUUGGCAGCACUUUCUGGGACAAGCAUAUGCCUACGGCAGGUAACAGCAAAGGGAGUCUAUUCAAGCAUAGCAAAGUAUGGUGUGACUCACUUCUGCGCUGCCCCUGUAGUACUCAACACCAUAGUCAAUGCCUCUCCAGAGGACACAAUUCUUCCUCUCCCCCAUGUUGUAGAUGUAAUGACAGCUGGUGCUGCCCCACCCCCAUCGGUUCUCUUAGAAAUGACCAAAAAGGGCUUCCGUGUCACCCACACUUAUGGUCUCUCAGAAACCUAUGGUCCUUCUACAGUUUGUGCAUGGAAGCCUGAAUGGGACUCACUUCCUCCUGACGCCCAAGCUCGUCUCAAGGCACGCCAGGGUGUCCGAUACAUUGGCUUGGAAGGCCUAGAAGUCAUCAACACCCAAAAUGAUCAGCCUGUUCCUGCUGAUGGAAAAACUGUUGGAGAAAUAGUGAUGCGUGGUAAUGCUGUGAUGAAAGGCUACUUAAAAAACCCAAAAGCCAAUGAGGAAACAUUUGCAAAUGGGUGGUUUCACUCUGGGGAUCUUGGUGUGAAGCAUCCUGAUGGGUAUAUAGAAAUAAAAGACAGAUCAAAGGACAUUAUCAUAUCUGGAGGUGAAAACAUCAGCAGUGUGGAGAUAGAAAACUAUCUUUACUCACAUCCUGCAAUAUUGGAGGCAUCAGUGGUGGCAAGGCCAGAUGAGCGUUGGGGAGAGUCACCCUGUGCUUUUGUGACCUUGAAGCCAGGGGUGGAUAAAUCUGAUGAACGGCGCUUAGCUGAGGAUAUAAUGAAGUUCUGCAGGUCAAAGAUGCCUGCUUACUGGGUUCCAAAAUCAGUGGUGUUUGGACCACUACCAAAGACGGCCACCGGUAAGAUCCAGAAGCAUGUUCUAAGAGCCAAGGCAAAAGAAAUUGGACCUGUCAAGAAGAGUAAGUUAUAAGUUGGCAUUGUAAUGUUUCAUAUAAAAGCAGGAGAAUAUUACCAAAAAAUAAAUAAAAUAAAAUAAAAGCAGGAGAAAGGCGGUUUAGCUUAUUGUUGUUACAGGGUGCGUAUACAAUAUUUAUCUGUUGGAAAUGGAUGUGGUUAUUGCUACUAUCAAUAUUGUUAAGGCUAUCAAAUUUUUUA